AGGCCGCUAGGACUGACUUAUUGAGUGUGUUGGUUGGGCGACUUGGAGAUCUAGUGCGUAAUGAGUCAAUAAUGGGGAUUUGGGGUGUGUUUCUUCACUAUUAUUGGCAACGUAUUGCUGCUUCAGUUGAUCUGGAAAGCAAAUAAUUGGGAUCCCUGGUUGGUUUAGGGUUUCGGGGAUGGGAUCUGUGGGGUGAAGUCAAGAGCUUCUUUUUACUUGCCUCUUUUUUUUAUUUCGCUUUCUUACAGUCGUUUGAUUUAGUUCUGGGGGCAUUGUUUUAGUUGGGUUUGUUGUUUGGAUCUUCAACUAUUUUACUUGUUAAGAACAAUGGAUUUAUCUGUUAGAAACUGUGCGCCGGUGUUGAGUUGAUGCUUCUAUUGGCAUGAUUUUUAAGGAAAAAAUCGGCGCAAAAGCUCUAUUUCCCGGAGCCUUUCUGCUAAAAUGGACUGGAACUUAAAGGCUCCCUUACAGUGGGAGUGGGAAAAUCUCGCCUUGUUUUCCGGGAAAGAAAGCGAGAUAACCAAGUUUACAACGCAGGCUGAAUGGAGGACUGAAGAUGGCGGAGUAAUCAGUAAUGGAUCUGUGUAUUCAUCUGGCAGCGGAACUUCUUCUGGUUCAGACCUAGGUAAUGGCUCAUCCAGAAGCUCCGUCUCAGCAUCCGUCGGCUCUUCAUCAAAAGUUGGAGUUUUUACAUCAGAGUUGAACUUCGAAGCCCUGGAAGGUUUACAUCAGAAUCCGAACAAGAACAACGAACCUGUCACAGGUGAAGAUGCCGAAACAUCGCCGGCGAUAGUUCGACGGAGCGGUGCCGGAGAGCCGCAGCUGGGUCUAAAACUCGGCAAAAGAACUUAUUUUGAGGACUUUGGUAGGGCAAACGUCAAGACUUCAAUCACGCAAGAAGAUACUUCAGUUAAGAAAGCUCGUGUGUCUCAUCAAGCGACUCAGAAUACUUAUUGCCAGGUUGAAGGGUGCAAUAUCGAUCUGAUUGGAGCAAAAGAUUAUCAUCGGAAGCACAGAGUAUGUGAAAACCAUUCUAAAAGCCCCAAGGUUAUUAUUGCCGGCCAAGAGCGACGGUUUUGUCAACAGUGUAGCAGGUUCCAUGAUUUAUCUGAGUUUGACCAAAAGAAAAGGAGCUGUCGCAAACGCUUAUCCGAACAUAACUCACGUCGACGCAAACCACAGCCUGAAGCAAUCUCAUUCAACUCUUCAGUUCUUCCUUCAUCAUUUUAUGUGGAUGCAGCUAAUGGACAGCAAAUGAAUUUUUUUCUGAGUCGAGGUCCGGUCAACGAUACGAGGCCUUCUGCAAGCACAUUAUGGGAGAAAUCAUCGGGUUUUAGCCUUUCAACAUCAGAAGGAACUUGGCCGAAACCAACAAAAGCAGGCGUCGAUGGAGCUUUGCAUCUCCCUUUCUUGGAUUUCUCUGAUAACUUUCCCACUUCGCAUCAUGGCUUUAAUAGAACUAUGCCGUUCAAGGGCACCACUGCCGAGGUCCUUAAUCAAGGUCUGGAAGCUUCUGCCUCUGCUUCCAACUUCAACGGAGCACCACCGGACCUUCGAAGUGCUCUCUCUCUUCUGUCAAACGAUUCAUGCGGUCCGUGCAACGCCGGACAGAGCCAUAUGAUCAUCGCCAAAACGAACCCCACCGCCGCCACGGCUUCGCAUCCUUCGCCGGUUCAGGCUUCGAACUCGCUGCUGGAAUGCUGGCAAGACGACCGCUCGCUGACCGAGCAAGCUCUGGCUUUCAAUUUCAGCAGCAAUGGAAGUCAGUUCCAAGACUUCCAUCUCAGCAAAGCUCCCUUUGACAGCCCUUUAUUUGAAGGAAAUCAGGUAUUCUCCAAGUCCGAUGGGCACUUUCUAGGGUUCAAAACCUGAAAUGGCUUGGCAGGGCUUAUUGUUCUCUUAGGGUUUGACAACUUUGUGUUUUCUAAAUAAUUAUUGAAGUGGAUGUUGAUAUAUUACCAUUGAGAACUUGAUGUUCUGUAAUUUUGUGAGAGACUAAAAGUAUGGUUGAGGAAGAUUCAUUGGUUUUAGUUCCA